GUUUUGUUUGGCCGAAUGAAUACACCCAACUGGAUAUUCCUGUAGGUUCAACUGUACGAAAAAGUCCUCCGUUGUAGUUCAAUUAUGUCAUCAAGUGGACUUUUAACCGUGCGUUCUCAGCUUUGCAAGCGUUUGGCUCACAAGUACCUGUCAAGGACCUAUUCAUCUCGCCCUUCUUUAAAUGAAGUGGUCAUUGUCAGUGCAGUCCGGACCCCGAUGGGGUCCUUCAGAGGGAGCCUUGCAGCUGUACCUGCCACAAGACUGGGCUCCAUUGCCAUCAAAGGAGCAAUUGAGAAAGCAGGUAUCCCAGUUGAGGAGGUGAAGGAGGUCUACAUGGGAAAUGUACUGCAGGCUGGGGAAGGACAGGCCCCUGCCAGACAGGCUCUACUUGGCGCAGGGCUAUCCCUCUCCACUCCUGCAACAACCAUCAACAAAGUGUGUGCUUCUGGUAUGAAGUCUGUCAUGCUAGCUGCCCAGAGUCUGAUGUGUGGACACCAGGAUGUGAUGGUGGCUGGCGGUAUGGAGAGCAUGUCCAAUGUCCCCUAUGUGAUGACCAGGGACAUUCCAGCCUACGGUGGUUUGAGGAUGGAGGACCUUAUUGUAAAGGACGGCCUCACUGAUGUCUACAACAAAUUUCACAUGGGAAACUGUGCAGAAAAUACAGCUAAGAACAUGCAGAUCACCAGGGAGGAGCAGGACGCCUAUGCCAUCAGCUCAUACAACCGCAGCCAAGCAGCAUAUAACUCAGGACUGCUCGCAAAGGAAAUUGUCCCUGUUAGCAUCCCCCAGAAAGGAAAGCCUGAUGUGGUAGUGUCAGAAGAUGAGGAGUGGAGACGUGUGGACUUCAGCAAAGUCCCUAAUCUGAGACCGGUGUUCCAGAAAGACAAUGGCACCGUGACUGCAGCCAAUGCCAGCACACUGAACGACGGUGCAGCCGCCCUGGUUUUAAUGACCGCUGAUGCAGCAAGGAGACUUAACGUCACCCCACUGGCCAGGAUCGCCUCUUUUGCUGAUGCAGCUACUGCCCCCAUUGAUUUCCCUAUUGCUCCUGCAUUUGCUGUACCAAAGGUACUGGCAGCUGCAGGGCUGAAGAAGGAGGACAUUGCCAUGUGGGAAAUCAACGAAGCUUUUAGUGUUGUGGUUCUGGCCAACGUGAAGAUGCUGGACAUCGACCCUAGCAAAGUAAACGUCAACGGAGGAGCUGUCUCCCUGGGACACCCUAUUGGGAUGUCAGGGGCGAGAAUAGUGGGACACAUGGUACAUGCUCUAAAGUCUGGCCAGUACGGCCUGGCAGGGAUCUGCAACGGUGGUGGUGGAGCCUCAUCCGUUAUCAUCCAGAAGUUAUAAGAGCCUUUGUCUGGUGUCUUCCCCAUGAAUGGAUUAUUAUUAUUAUUAGACCUACGAAAAGGACAACUGGGGAACCACUUUUGGAUGUAAAUGACCAUUGCAUAUCACUCUAGAUAAUGUGUUUGAAAAGAACAAACUCCAAUCUAGAGCAGCCUUACUGGUAAACUAAUACACACAUGAACUGAUGACACAACUCCCAUUUUUGUCACUCCUGUUGAAAUGAACGUUUGUUGCAAGAGGCAAUUUAUAUUUAACUGACUAUGAAGAUGAGUAAAUAGUUUAUUUUAAAAAAAGUAUUGUCUUCAUGUUUUGUUUAUUUUGGGUAUUGAGACGUGUAUUCUGAAUUUUGGAUAUACUUGCUAACCUUUUCUGCUUCUUAUCACAGUUUGUUCUACCAGGAUGAAUUUACUAGCAUGCACACUGGAAAAACGCAUUCCCCGGCUAACAACCAUGAUUAAGCUUUUAGACACUAACAUAUUUUCAAAGAGUCGGCAAGGCGGCAUUUCAUGAGUCUUUAUGAUUUAAGUGUUACAUUUAGUUUCUGCUCUUUGCUCACUUGGAUAAUACAAAAAAGUCCAACAAACAUUGAAAAGCUCAUCACAAUACAGAGAUAUAUUUAUCUAGCGAUAAGUCUGGAAGAAAUAAUAUACCCUCUAUGCCAACUGCAUUUCCCUUUCUGUCUCCUCUGGACCCCCUACCUGAUUAAUAAAAAAAUUAUUAGCAUGUUUUAUUACAUAUGGGUGAUUGUAUCACUUUGAAAUGUGUCAGGAGGAGCAUGUUAGCAAUGUUAUAUCUAUUCUAUAAAAAUACGAACAUUCACAAAAUGCCAACAUUUUGUAAACAAACAUGUAUACUAAUAUUUCACACCUAAUGCUCACCUUGUCUAUAAAGCCUUUUCCACAAAUUCC